AUGCGGCACGUAUUGGUGAGUUUUCUCGUUCUCAGGUUUCUAAAAUCGACAAUUUCAGGUCUGCGCGUUGGUUCUCUUACCUGUCUCCGUUAGAGGUAUGCUGAAAGAAAAAUUAAUUGUUAAGUUGAAAUUCUUUUUUAGCUAACUACGAGGAGACGUACAACUACCACAAGAGGUGAAUAGAAUGAAACGGGGUUCGAAAAAUGCGUCUUAAGGGCUUUGAAUUCGCUAGACGGUGCUGGAUUCGGCUUUGACAAACGCUCGGCACACUUUCGUGCUUCUCACCACAAAAGGUCUCAGUACAUUAGAAAAACAGUUCAAUUGGGUUUUUUUCUCUUCAGAGCUCUCAAUUCGUUGGAUGGAGAAGGCUUCGGAUUCGACAAACGCGCUUUGAACAGCCUUGACGGAGAAGGCUUCGGAUUUGAUAAAAGGUCUUUGAAAAAUAAGUAUUAGGGGAACUUUUUGAUUAUUUCAGGGCUUUGAAUUCUCUUGAUGGUACCGGUUUCGGUUUCGACAAGCGAGCUCUCAACAGCCUUGACGGAGAAGGCUUCGGCUUCGACAAAAGGUGAGUAAAGACGUUUCAUUUCUAGUAUUCAAACAAUUUUUAGAGCUUUGAACUCCUUGGAUGGAACCGGUUUUGGUUUUGACAAAAGGUGGGUAUGACAAUUGGAAAAAAAUGGAUACAUUCCUUUUCAGAGCUUUGAACUCAUUGGACGGAACUGGGUUUGGGUUCGACAAGAGGUAAGAUAAGUCUAAUGAGGAUUCAUUCCUAUGAGAAACAAAUUGAAGGGCUUUGAACUCCCUCGAUGGCACCGGUUUCGGUUUCGACAAGAGGUGAACUUCUUUCAGAUCCAUAAAUCCUUUGUUUUUCUUCCAGAGCUCUCAACUCCCUCGAUGGAACUGGCUUUGGAUUUGAUAAGCGGUAAAACUUUUCUGAGGGAAACAUCUAACUAUUAUCAAUUUCCAGUGCUUUGAACUCUCUCGAUGGUGCUGGCUUUGGCUUCGACAAAAGGUUAUUUUUUCAUUAAAUGAUAUAAACUCUUUCUUAGAGCUUUGAACUCUCUCGAUGGAACCGGCUUUGGUUUCGACAAACGGUAGGGUAUAGAACAAAAUCAAAUGCACUAAAUAAUUUUAGAGCUCUCAACUCGCUUGAUGGCACCGGCUUUGGGUUUGACAAGAGGUUGGUUUUACAUCGAAAAUUGGUGCAAAUUUCAUUCAGAGCUCUCAACUCUCUUGACGGCACUGGGUUCGGAUUUGACAAGAGGUACUGAUAUUUUAUUGCAAGUUCAUGUUAAAACUCCACUUUUACAGAGCGCUGAACUCUCUUGACGGCGCUGGUUUUGGAUUUGACAAACGUGCUCUGGACGGACUUGACGGUGCUGGAUUUGGAUUUGAUAAAAGGUAUAUCUUCAUGACAGACUAUUCCAAAGAUUAUGCUCUAGAGCCUUGAACUCGCUGGACGGAGAAGGAUUUGGAUUCGACAAGAGGUAGUUGUUCGCUUCGAGAGAGCAGUAACACUUUUUCCUUCAGAGCUCUCAACUCGCUCGAUGGCACAGGAUUUGGUUUCGACAAGAGAGAAACCAAGAAAAGUUUGACCUCAGCUCAGCUGACUUAACUAGCGAAUCAUUUACAGCCAAGCUCGCCAAGGCGGCGUUGAGGAACAAAGCCAAGGAUAGCAAGCAGUAG